CUAGCUGCUGCUAAGUUGCUUCAUCAGUGCCAAGCAAAGAGCUUCAUUCAGCUACGUGGGCGUCCAGUUGGACCUGGUUGUAUUUGGUUCUCAUGUUGCCGUGUUGCAUCAUGGCCGAUGCCCAUGUGGCUACUACUGUUCCGGUUGAGGGGCAAUGAUUCGUGCUUGGAUCUUGCUAUACCUCUUGGUGGCGCAGGCACAGGUCAACAUCACAGUUCGGCCGCGCUGGCCGGCUGUGGUGGCUGGCAGUCAACACAAACAAGCAUUGGUCAUUGAUCUGACCCCGCCUUUGGUGCGGCUGCUCAAUGUGGCUAUUCAUCGUGUUUGCCAUCGCUAGUACAGUGAUUGAAAGCACUUUGCUGCAGUCUGCCCUGCGGCAAAUCCUCCAUGGGCUUCGGAGUAUGGACAGGAUUCACCUGAUCUCCUUCCAUAGCUUCGCGCGUGCAGACUUCAUCAACGGUUCAUUUGCAGAGAAGGCUCAGCUGCAAGCGGCUGUUGAUGCACUCCACACAAGGAGCAAUCACUCCAUUCGUCCAGUGGAUGGCAGUGACCCUGUGCCACAGGAUAUCAGCAACAUCAGCGAAGGCUUAUGGAUUGCACAGAGGCUUUUAGUUGGUCCUUUGGCAUCGAGCACGCGGAAUAUGACCAGGCGUGCCAUGCUGUUCACGGAUGGGCAACUGCUCGGCUCAGUCACCAGAUACCGUGCUGCCUUGGAUGCCUUGGAGCGAACGUCCGUAGCAGGUGUGUCCACCACAGUAGUGGCUGUGGGGCCCCUAGGAUGGCUCGAAGAGGCUGCCAAGGCAGGGCGGGGUGACUACAUUCAUUUGCAAGGUCCUGCCAGCUUUCAACAGGUGGUUGCAGCAGCAUCUCCAAGCCAUUUUCCGACCUUCGCCACCAAUGCAAAGCUGCGCUUGGCCACAUCCUUCGGGGCACGCAUGGCCAACACCUACAGCCAUAGGCCCACACAUUGCCCCUGGACGGAGCCACUUGUCCAGGGUGCUGCGGACUGGGAUGACGAACUGCCUGUGGGGGUCCUCCGUCAUGGCCGGACGGAGCGGCUGCUGAUCGCCUUAGACCUUCCGGUCUAUCACUACGGAGCUGACCUUCUGAAGUACGAGUUGCUUUACCAGCAGCUUGAUGGGACCAGCGGGUCCCAAUGGGAACAGUUCACCCAGAACGUGGUGCUGCCUCAGGAUGCCGUGGCCAAAUGGCCUGGAGCUGAUUUGCUCUUUCGCUUAGAUGAGCUUUUGCUAGAGCGAGAAGAGCUGCAGAGAGAUGAAGAGGUGGCAGAGGCUCAGGGGCUCCCAGUCCCCAUCAGCAAAGGUGAUGCAAAUCGUUGGCACCGGCUCUCUGACCGAUGGCGGCAGCUCCGCAGCUCGUUGGAGGCUUUAGCCACAGAGGCGGCGGCAAGUCAAAAACUGAUGCCCAGUCUCUCUGAGUUGUCCAUCAUGGAGAAGAUCUGGAAAACUCUGGAGAUGACAAAACUGGCUGGCAGAGGCAACGAGGUGGUCGGUGCGACAGCAGCACCCUUCGGCGUCUGCCAGGGCACGCCAGAGACACGUGAAGUGUUUGAGGGGCCGGAAGGACUGGGGUUGCCGAACAGCAGGUGAGUGAGCCUUCUGAGGUAACAAACACCUCACGCAUCCUCACGCUGUCCAGCUGGUCCAGUUGAUAGACUCUCUCAAGACUUCGAAAAAGAG